AUGGACUCCCACGUGCAAGCCACGCUCUCGGUACAAAUUUCUGGAACCAAGCGAUGGCGAUUGAUGCCCUUGCGACAACGCCAAGCACCUUUCUUGGCCAUGAUUUAUGCUGAUGGCCAGCCAUAUGAGAAUCCCGAAGGUUGGACGCCAUUGUUUGACAUCACUCUACAGCCUGGAGACGGGCUUUUCUUUCCUCCGGGCAUGGUUCACGAGACGAAGAACGUGGGUGAGGCAUGUGCUGCCUCUGUCACCUUUCAGUUCAACGAACCGACCUUCUUCCCGCGAGUCCGCUUUACCGCUGACAUUGGGGAGUCCUGGGUGAUCAUCCGUGACUGGGCACGGCUCGGAAUGGCGGGCGAUGAGAAGGGUACGGGGGAGAGCUACGAAAAAGCCAGGCAGAACAAAGAUCUGGAGAAACAUUUCCAGAAACUGGACAAAGAUCGCAGCGGUUCUGUGACCUCGGAGGAACUCCAAGGUCUUCCCUCUCCCUCCAGCGAACUCCAAGGUCUUCCCUCUCCCUCCAGCGCACUCGCUUGGCACGAUGCAAACCGUGACAAGAGCAUCAGCCUGGAGGAGUUUCGGGAAGGCUUUGCAUUUUGGGCUGCAGUGACGCAGCUAGCCGUCAAGUCUACCCCAAAGGAAUGGCGGAAGUUCCAGUUCAUUGGGACGGUGGAAAACUUGGAGGACAUUCCUUCCCAUCUCAGCAAGAAGAUGAGAAAGGAAUGGGAGGAGGCGGACGAUCAAGACAAGGAAGCUGUGAAGGUCUUGAACGAUAUGUGGUCUACUCAGGUGAAGGAGUGGAUGGAGAACUCCUUGGGGGCCUCCUACAGCGAACGCACCUACACCAAGAAGAUCCAGGAUCAUGUGGCAGCACUCAUGGGCAUGCCUUGGGAGAUGGACAAGGAUCGUCAUUGCCUCAUGAUCAAGUUGGAACACAUUCUGAUCCCGACGCCAACUCAGCGAACGAGUUGCAGGGAGAAGAUCGUGAAAGAGCUGGACGGCAAAAUGCUUUUUGUCACUGUGCUCUACGAGGACGAAGACUUCUCAACGGACUUGGCGCCGGAUCGCACCAGCCCUUUCGGACGAAUCGAAGUCUUGACCAAAAAGAAGCUGGAAGAAUUGAUGGCACAGGGCGAUGUGGACGACACUCCUAAGGCAGGCAGCGAGUUUGGCAAGGCUGCGACCCAGGAGGGUGAAGAGGCUUUGGGCAGCGUGUCUGGUGGAGAGACGCCCGAUGUGAAGAAGUCCAAGAGCCAUGCUUCGUUCCGUCCGAACCAAGGGAAGUUGAGCCGUUUCUUGGCACCACCUACGGUCGUGGUCAAAACAGGGAAUCACAUGCUGUGGAUCUGUGGCCACCAUCCAGCCAUGUUGGGACCUUGGGGCUUCAUUUGCGAGCAUGACCAGGAGUUUAAGGUUCCCAUCCCUGCUACUGUCAGCAAGUUCAAGCUGAUGGUGUGGUUCCAGAACGAGGAAAAGAGCAGACCAACAGAUAAAGAGGGCCUUUGGACCGAAGAGCUCUUGGGGUUGUCCUGA